AUGCAGCGAAAGAAGAACAUAUCACUUAAUGAAGUUUGCAUCUAUAGUAUGGAUGGAGGACUAUCUGACGAAGUAGCUCCAAUAGAUGCAGCUGAGGGGGCUCACCUCCAGGGUAAAGAGGUUGAGUAUUUGAUGAAACCUGACAGCUGCAACAUGUUGGAGUCCCGAGAAAUGGUGAUACCGGAUGAGGUUAAUACUAUUGAGAGCUCGUUCCACGUUCUUGGAGAUAUGAUGGAAGGUAAGAAAGUAAAUAGGAGUAUAGGUCCUGUAAAUGUAUCAGAGCAUGGAUGUAGUAGCCCUCGCACUAUGGAUGAUGCAAAUGACAUGGUUGAAGAGUUAACUGUGAGAAAUUACAAUGGUUCUAACUUACCCAUGGUUGGUACAUCAAAUAAUAGAGAAAGAAUGCAGAUGAGACAGAACCAUUGGCUGCAUUUUUAUCAGUUGGUGGGUGGAUCAGGGAGUGGGGGUUCAUGUGGCAACCGGGACAACAGUCAGGCAAUGCCAAGUAUGUCACAGGAUGUAGCGUAUGCGUCCUUUCCUGAAUUUUUGGGUCAGAAACCUUUGAAUGAUGGGCAGAAUGAAGCAACAGAACAAUUGAUGAGUGGUGAUAAUAUUGAGGUUUCGGGCAGUCAGCUAUCUCAUGGAGGUAUUAAGACAAAGAUUCUAUCAAAAUCAGGAUUUUCUGAAUUUUUUGUUAAAACUACAUUGAAAGGGAAAGGAGUUAUAUGUAGAGGUCCAUCUCAUGAUGCCUCAAGAGUUGAGCCUAGAGAUCAGAAUAACACAAAAUCUACUGGGGGAACUAUGGUGGCUCCUACUGCUCCACUGAAGGCUGCUGGAAGCCCUGUGGUGGCUUCAAAUACUUCACUGAUCUUGGGUAACAAAGCUGUUAUGACGUCUUCUUCCUAUGGGAUCAUGGGGCCAAGAGCUGGUGAGUGUGAUCGUGAUGGAAUGAACUUGAGAGAAUGGCUGAAAGCACAGUGCCAUAAAGCAAAUAAAUCAGAGUGCUUGUAUAUAUUCAAACAAAUUGUGGAUCUGGUUGAUUAUUCUCAGUCUCAAGGAGUUAUCUUGUAUGAUUUGCGCCCAUCUUUCUUCAAGUUGUUGCAAGCUAAACAGGUUAAAUAUAUUGGUUCAGGUGUCCAAAAAGGACUACUAGAUACUGUCUUGGAUAAAGAUUUCCCCCCCUCAGAGAACUUUCUGAUUAGGAGAAGGCGAAUGGAGCAGGGGAUGAUUUCCUCAGUUGGCCUCCGUGCUAAAAAGCAGAAGUUCAAUGAUAACAAAAACUCGACACAAUGGCCUCUCUUUCAUUCUAGAGCUGGACCCAAAAUUGAAACCAUAAAUAAUACCCAAGUUUCUCACAAUGAAUUUAGUGAGCAUUGUUUUAAUACAGAACUUAGCAAUUCUGGCAGCCCUUAUGCAUCUGAUUCAGCUCAGCAGCAGUCAAUCUCUGUGAAUGAGCAGUUGGAAGAGAAGUGGUAUGCAAGUCCAGAGGAACUUAAUGAAGGAGUUUGCACAAUUUCAUCAAAUAUUUACAGUUUGGGCGUGCUGCUUUUUGAGUUACUUUGUCAUUUUGAAUCUGAGAGAGCACAUGCUGCAGCAAUGUUAGAUCUACGUCAUAGGAUUUUUCCUCCAACUUUUCUGUCUGAAAAUAUGAAGGAAGCUGGAUUUUGUCUUCGGCUACUUCAUCCAGAACCUUCUUUACGGCCAACAACCAGGGAUAUCCUACAAUCCGAAGUAAUUAAUGGAUUCCAGGAAGUAAUUGCAGAAGAAUUAUCAUCAUCCAUUAUCCAAGAUGAUACUGAAUCAGAGCUAUUAUCGCAUUUCCUUAGUUUAUUAAAAGAGCAACAGCAGAAGCAUGCCUCAAAAUUAAUGGAGGAUAUUUCAUGCCUAGAAGCAGACAUUGAAGAGGUUGAGAGAAGGCACUGUUCUAGAAAACCUUUAACUUAUUCUUCCUUUAAUGUGAGAGAAUGUAGGCACCUUGGCAAAGAACCUCCAAUUUCCGAGGUGCAUUCUAGUUUAUACGAGUUUUCCAGUGCCAAUGAAAUGAGGUUAAUGAGAAAUAUCAAUCACCUUGAAACUGCUUAUUUCUCUAUGAGAUCGAGAGUCCAGUUUCGUGAGACUGAUUCAAUGACACGGCCAGAUAAGGAUUUACUUGAAAAUCGUGAGAACUGGCAUUUGGCACAAAACAAUGAAGAAACACCAAAUCCUACUGAUAGUGUUGGCGCCUUCUUUGAUGGUUUGUGCAAGUAUGCUCGAUAUAGCAAGUUUGAAGUCUGUGGGAUACUGAGAAGUGGGGAGUUCAACAACUCUGCAAACGUAAUCUGUUCUUUGAGUUUUGACCGUGAUGAGGAUUAUUUUGCUGCUGCUGGGGUCUCUAAGAAAAUUAAGAUAUUUGAGUUUAAUGCACUCUUUAAUGACUCUGUUGAUAUUCAUUAUCCAGUCAUUGAGAUGUCAAACAAAUCAAAGCUUAGCUGUGUUUGCUGGAACAACUACAUCAAGAACUAUCUGGCUUCAACUGACUAUGACGGUCUGGUCAAGUUAUGGGAUGCAAGCACUGGUCAAGCUGUCUCUCAUUUUAUUGAGCAUGAAAAGAGAGCUUGGUCUGUGGACUUUUCUCAGGUGUAUCCAACAAAAUUAGCUAGUGGCAGUGAUGAUUGUUCUGUGAAGCUAUGGAGCAUUAGUGAGAAAAGCUGCUUAGGAACCAUCAGGAAUAUUGCAAAUGUCUGCUGCGUUCAGUUUUCUGCCCACUCCAGUCAUUUACUGGCAUUUGGAUCUGCGGAUUACAAAACAUAUUGUUAUGAUCUUCGGAAUACCAGAGCACCAUGGUGUGUUCUUGGUGGCCACGAUAAAGCUGUGAGCUAUGUGAAAUUCCUGGACUCAGAAACUGUAGUUACUGCUUCCACUGACAACACAUUAAAACUUUGGGACCUCAAUAAAACCAGUAGUGCUGGCCUGUCCCUUAAUGCUUGCAGCUUAACCUUUCGUGGGCAUACUAAUGAGAAGAACUUUGUGGGUUUGUCCGCUGCUGAUGGUUAUGUAGCUUGUGGUUCAGAAACAAAUGAGGUUUUUGCUUACUAUAGAUCUCUGCCUAUGCCAAUCACUUCACAUAAAUUUGGGUCAAUUGAUCCUAUUUCUGGGAAAGAGACUGAUGAUGACAACGGGCUGUUUGUAUCAAGUGUCUGCUGGAGAGGGAAAUCAGACAUGGUUGUCGCUGCAAAUUCUAGUGGAUGUAUUAAAGUGUUGCAGAUGGUUUAAGGAGAAGGUUAAUUGCUGAGAAUUAUCAAUUGCUGGCAUCAUUUUUACAGCCUGAGAGUUUCCGAGGUUUCUUCUGGAGGCUUAUUGUUCGUAAGCAGUGAAGUCAUCUUGGGUUCAGGCAAAUAUGUCAUACGUGGGAGGACUCGAGUCUCUCAGUGGCUAAUUAUGCAGCUUUGAUGCGUAGAAUAUACUAUAAAGUCAGCCAAAGUGGAGUUCUGGUCCCAGAUUAUCGAGAUUAGCCAGCACUAGAUUGCAGUGAAACUUCUUACAGGCCUAAGACUCCUGAAUAUCAUGACGCCUUCAGGUUCUGAGAUAGAGAGAAUCAAAUUGUAAAUAUGGGGAAGCAAAUUUGAGAUAAAAGAUAACUUUUGUACAAGAGGUUUUCCAUCUCGGUUCUUGGAGCAAGAGUUUAUGGUGAUUAGGAUGUGGCUUGCUUCUGUUUUGCUCCUUGAAACAAAUGUGCAGUCCGUUCAAGCUUUUCAAUCGAGGACUAGCCUUAGCCAGGUUGUUUGUUCAUAUUAUAGCUUUAGAGGUAUAAUUGAUAAUUUACUCAAAUUUAAGGGAAUUCUUUGUUGGGUUGUAACUAAGCAUUCUACGAUAACCAAGGUUACCUCUGUAAAUCUACAAAUUUUGAUGUAUAUGAUAGUUUUGGCUCUAAGAUCAAA